CUUGGGCAAAUUUCCUUAUGGAAGAAACAAAUUUUCCUUUGAAACAUCCAAAUGGAACUAUUCGGAAAAUUUGGAUUGUAAAAUUUGUGGAGGAAAGGAGUGUUUUAUAUGUCGGCCAAAUCAUGUCGAAGGCGAUCAAGAAAAUAGUCGAGGAGGCGCGAGAUAACGCCUACACAGAACUAGACCUCGCUGACAGAGAAAUAAAGAGUUUGAACAGCGUUCCUAUUUUACGUAAGUUGUGAAAAAUUCUUGACGUGUAUCUCUGAUGUAUACUAAAGGUUGUUUGUGUUGUUAAAUUAUGACACUUCAGUUUUAAAAUGAUCUGUUUCUUUAUUAUGUAUCAAUUUGUUACUGUUUAGUUCAAUUAAGACAAUUGACAAAGCUGACGCUAUCUCACAACAGGUUAACAGGUAUGAUGUUAUUGAUGUACAUUUAUAUAUCAUUGACACAUCAUUUAAAAAAUUCAAGAUUGUAUGAAAUAUGCCAUGCAGUAUUUAUUUUUAAACUUUAUUUAUUUCUAUUUAAAUACUACUUUGUGUAUUUAUUCAUUCAUUCAACUUCACAAUAUGCCCUUCUGAUAAUUAAUUCACAAGACCCUCCUUGCCCUGGGAGCCCCGUUCUCAUGAAUUGUGAGGAUUAGGGUGUAGAUUAGGAUUAUGGUUACGAUAAUAACCCCAGCGGCCAAAACGACGUCUAUUCAACGUUGAAUCAACGUUGGAAAUGAUCACCCAGACGUUGGAUAGACGUUGAAAAAGGAUUGAAAAUGCAAAUUGGAUUGACGUUACUCUUUUGACGUUGAAACAACGUUGAGAUUAGGUUGCCAAUCUCGUUAACCAUAAUUCAACAUUGAAUCCAUGUUGAAACAACGUUGAGAAUACGUCACAAGUUGACAUUGUAUAACAAACCAUCAACAAACGUUGAUUCGACGUCUGUUUGCUGCUGGUGAACCAAUGUUCGUAAAACAAUGUCAGAGCAACGUUGAUAUUAGGUUGUCGACGUUGCGACCUUUUUUCAACCAAAUUUCAACGUUGAAAUAACAUCGUGGGCCCAGUGGGACAGCUUAUUGACCGAGCGUGAGGUCUGUACUGUGAAAUAUCAGACCGAGGUUUUUUAGUAUGGACCAAGCGACGAAGGAGCGAGGUCCAAUGCAAAAAAAAGAGGUCUGAUAUUUCACAGUACAGACCGAACAAGCAAGGUCAAUCGGUUUAUUAUAAGGCUGAACGAGUCUGUGAGCAUAUGCUUUUCACACAAAUUAAAUCGGCUAUCGUCAGUUUCACUGGGUAACAAUAUACGGUAGACAUGCAUGCUCAAUCAAAAACAAUUUGGUUGUUUGAAAUUUUUAUCUGUAUAUUUUAAUUACACACAAUUGGAAAAUUAAAAAGCAAAAAUUUUUUCUGUUUGCAAGGCAAAAAUUUCCCGCCAGAUAAACGAGAUCCAGGACACCGGUCCAGAUACAGAAAAUACGGACCACGGUCCGGAUAUGGGUUUUUACGAACCGCUUGUCAACCAAUCAGAAUAGAGAAUUUUGAAAAGCCACAUAAUAAAUUAGAAUUAGUGCCAGGAUAAGAGUAAGAAGUCAGGUCAUGAUUAUGGCAAGACUGACAACUAGAGGCUAGAGAAAGGAAUCUAGUCUGGCAGUCAGAUAUUUUGAAACCUGACAUUCAUAUCAUUGAAUGAUAUAAAAUGUAUUUUUUGAGGAUGCAAUCAACAAGCUUUCCAGUAGCUCUGUGGUUAUUAAUGCAUGCAGCUGUGGUGCAUGAUCUUGUGGGUUUGAUUCCUGCUGAAGAACUUUUUUCUAGGAAAUGUUUUCUUUCUAGUUUUAAUUAAAAGCUCGGGUUAAUAAUAGGGUUAGGAUCUGCUAAUAUUCCUCCAAGAGUGUCUGAUUGCUAUUUGGACUGGAUUCCUUUCACUAGCCGUACAUCGACAGGCAACUGUCUCAUGUAACAGUAAAGAAGAAUAUCAUCUCAAUGGUUUCAUUUCUCAAGUAAUGGGCAUUUCCUGCACUGCAUUUUAAAGUGUGAAAUGAAGAACCUGCCUCCCAGUUCAAUCCCUGUUUUACAGCCUCUGUACACUAUUGAACACCUUCAAUAGACAAUUUUGCUCAUUUGAGAGAUUUGGUCAUGUGCAUCAGUUGGUGUUUGUUACUUUCUUUUAGCAAUUCCAUCCUCUAUUGUUGAUUUGUACAAUUUGGAACAUUUGAAUCUGUUUAACAAUUUUAUUGAGGUAUGAAUGAUGAUGAAAAUAUAAAUAAUGUAUAGUACAGGUACUUAGCAGACAAAAUAUCCAUUUUAGAAAUGCUCAGAUUGCUACCUCAGCUCAAUUCUAAUAUAACUGAUUCAUUUGCAUUAUCUUGUUAGGAACUUCCAACAUCAAUAACUACAUUAUCAAAACUGAAAUUUUUGAAUGUUGGGUAAGCCUACUAUUCAUACUGUUCAUGUUUCCUAUGGUUAGAUAUUGGCUGAGUAGGGCUAUGAAUACAAUCAAACAAUCAUUAAUAUCACAAACAUCAGGCAGUGCUGACAGCAAAAUAAAGUGCAGUUAAUACAAAAAUGGCAAAUCUUCAGUACUCAUAUUUUAUACCAUCAAGUCAUACUUGUAGUCAAAUUUAAAGUUAUCUGACUUUAAUCUCAUGUUUCAUUCAAUUUAUUCUUUAGUAUCCUCAAUCAAUUUUAUACUCAUAAUUAUACUUAUACAUCUUUAUUGUUUGUAUACUACAGUAUACAGUAUUGUACCAUUAUGUUUCUUACAACAGGGUUAACCGUUUGAGCUCUUUGCCUCGAGGUCUUGGUUCCUUGCCUUGCCUGGAAAUUUUAGAGUUAACAUACAACAACCUCAAUGAAAAUUCUCUUCCUGCAAAUUUUUUCCUGCUAGCAGGUAUGUACACUCAUUUACAGUAUGGCAUAAAUGGUGGCACCACCAAAUCUCACAAGUAAAGUUUAUUGACCGAAGACAUUGCAAUCUUUGCUAAAAUCCAUUUCUGUUUUGCUUCCUCCAUUUCACACAAAUGCCACUGUAUGAGGGAGAAGGUUAAUUAAAGUUUUAGCGGCCAAUUUGCUGUUAAUUAAACAUGAUGGUACUGCAUGUAUCUGCAGUACAAGUAUUUGUUGAUGGCCUCUGUACUGUAAGUAUGCUGUUGUACCAUUGUAGUUGCACAAUCAUAUGCUAGAAUUCAGAAUGUGAAUUUAUUAUACUAUUGUAAAAAUCCUUAAUACAGUACGUUUUAAAAAUGUACUCACUACCUGUAUUAGAAUUUAGAAUUUCAUAUUUGUAAUAAUUAGAUCCUGAAAAGCCCAAUUGGGAGUAUCUAAUAUUGUAUAAUAAAAAUAAUAAUAUAUGAUGAUUGUACUAUCUACUGAGUACUAAUUAUCAUGAUUGUGAAAUGCAUGUUACAUGUAUAAAGAUUUUGUUUUGUCAUAAUGGCUUGCUGUAGAUAGUCUACGAGCUCUGUAUCUUGGUGACAAUGACUUUGAGAAGUUGCCAGCAGAUUUUGGAAAGUUGAAAAAUUUACAAGUGGUAAGUUAUGAACAGUGAGGAAAUGUCGUUCUGGAGGAACCACAUGAAUUGCCUUUGAUAUUCACUAAUUCAGUUAAAUUGCUGGUUCUUGACGUAGUUUUCUAGCGAAUGAUCUUACGCAAAACAUUGGUGAUUGGAAUUCCACUAUGUUGCAGUAUAUUAGCAGUAACAAUUACAGGUAGUCAGGGUUUUUUUCAGGAUUUUCUCUUGGGUCCGUUUUUGCAGAGAAGAUUGAGUUUAGCUGAAC